CCACCUGAUUUGGGUUUAAUGGUUUGUACAGGUCCACUUUGCCAUUCGAAUUGGAAAUUUAGAAAGCACAUUGAAGUGCUAGAGAAGAGACACACUGACAAUCGCACAUUUGAACUGGAGGUACAGUGGCUUGGUACAGUAAGUAGUGUUUGGGAGGCGGUUAUUUAGUUUUCAAGAAUGAAGAAGUUCUCCCGUAUGCCAAGGUCAGAGAGUGGUGGUCUAGGAGGAGGAUCUGGGUCCGGUUCGGGUUCCGGAGUCAGUAAUUACAUUGGAAGAGUGUUUGGUGUGGGCAGAUACCAAGUCACAGUGGAAGAAUUGAUUGCUGAAGGUGGCUUUUCAAUCGUGUUCCUUGCUCGGACCCACAGUGGUGUGCGCUGUGCUUUGAAGCGAAUGUAUGUGAACAGUGUACCUGAUCUAAAUAUCUGCAAGCAGGAAAUAGCAAUCAUGAAAGAGCUAUCUGGUCAUAAGAACGUUGUGGGAUACUUGGACUCUGCCAUUAAUACAGUUGGUGAUAGUGUUUGGGAAGUGCUCAUUCUCAUGGAGUAUUGCAGAGCGGGCCAAGUUGUGAAGCAGAUGAAUCAGAGGUUGCAGACUGGUUUCACAGAGCCAGAAGUCUUGAGGAUAUUUUGCGACACCUGUGAGGCAGUUGCCAGGUUACAUCAGUGCAAAACUCCAAUCAUUCACAGGGAUCUGAAGGUAGAAAAUAUUUUAUUAAAUGACCAUGGCAACUACGUCCUGUGCGACUUUGGCAGUGCCACGCAUAAGGUUCUUAACCCACAGAAAGAUGGUGUAACAAGCGUGGAGGACGAAAUAAAAAAGUAUACAACGCUGUCAUACAGAGCUCCAGAAAUGAUUAAUCUUUAUGGAGGGAAGCCAAUCACCACUAAGGCUGAUAUAUGGGCCCUUGGGUGCCUGUUGUUCAAGCUUUGUUUCUUCUCCCUUCCUUUUGGAGAGAGUCAAGUUGCAAUCUGUGAUGGAACCUUUAUUGUCCCAGAUAAUUCCAAAUUCUCCCCUAAAUUGCACUGCCUAAUGCGUUAUAUGCUUGAACCAGAUGCAGAUAACAGGCCUGAUAUCUACCAGGUCUCCUAUUUUGCUUUUAAGAUGGCUGGUAAAGACUGCCCAAUGCCAAACAUUUCUAACUCUCCUAUCCCUGCAACACUUCCAGAGCCCAUGACCACCAGUGAAGCAGCUGCUAAGAAGAGCAUGACGAAAGCUAGAAUAACUGAAUCCAUAGGACCAACAGAAACUUCAAUCGCACCGAGACAAAGACCAAAGGCCGCUUCCAACUCUGCAAACUCAAAUGUACUACCGAUCCAGAACUCUGUAACUCCUGUGAAAAUGACUGUUCCUUCUGGAAAUAUAAGCAACGGACUGAAAGUUGUGACCGGACCUGGAAAUGGCCAGUCAACACCACAAACUCAAGGGAAUAUCCAGCCACACAGAGUGCUGCAACAGCUUCAGCAAGGAGACCUCCGCCUUCAGCAACUGCAAGAGUUACAUCAGCAGCAGCAACAGCAGCAGCGGCAACAACAAAUCCACCAGGCUUACUUGCAACAGUAUCAACAAGCAGUUCAACAGUCCUUACAACUCCAGCAGCAACAUAUGCUUCAGCAACAGAUGAUGAUGCAGCCCACAUAUCAACAGGCUCAUUAUGCAGCUAUGUUGCAGCAGUACCAACAAGCAUUUGCACAUCAGCAGCAACAGCAGCAAGCACAGUUUUUCACCUCUCCACAGGAGUUCCAGACACCUUUAGGCACAUUUGCUCCAGCCCUGCCAACUCCUGUUGGGACAAUAGUUGAUCUAUCAGUCAAUAACACAAGAGCUACCAUGCUGGACCCUGAAGGUGCAGUGGGUGCCCCAUGUCAGAAUAUGAGUAACCCACCAGACAUGUCAGGCUGGAACCCCUUCAGAGAAGAUAAUUUCUCCAAGCUGACUGAAGAUGAGCUGCUGGACAGGGAGUUUGACCUCCUCCGAGCAAAGAAACCUGACGAAAGGGCAGCGUAUCUAGAUGCUAGUGUGGAGCCUCGCCAGUCGUCACGGAAGCCUCUCCUGGAGGACCUCUUUGGCUCUGUACCCUUUGUUUCCAAUCCAGGUUCCAGUGUGAAAAUUCCUGAGCACCCAGCUAAAGACUCCGGCACCUCAGUAAAAGCUGAAAGGCAGGCACAGCACUCGAAAGAGCAUAAAGGAGGAAAAAGAAGUUGCCCAUCUGGGCAGCAGGCACAUAAAGGUGGGGAAGAGACAGACAGUGACUUUGAGUCAGACCCUCCUUCUCCAAAGAGCAGUGAGGAAGAUGAGCAGGAGUAUGAGGAAGCACUGAACAGUGAGCACGGCGAGUUUAAUGAAGACAACGAUACAGAGCCCGAGAACUUGGGACAGCGGCCCCUGCUGAUGGACUCUGAGGAGGAGGUGGAGGAAGAGGAAGAGAAGCACAGCUCAGACUCAGACUACGAGCAGAGGAAUGGAAAGUUUCAGGUUGUGGGUCCAGUGGCAGAGAAGCUUGGAGUCGAAGCAGAGUGUGUGAUGAGUGGAGAGUCUGCAGCUACAUUCAUCACUCCCCCAAACUCCCCCGGUGUGGGGGCAACUGCAUCUUCACAGAGAGAGGUGGAUGUGUUUGGGGCGGUACCUUUCUUCGGAACUGGCCAGCAAAGAAGUGCAGCUGAAAAUGUAGACAUCUUUGCCCAGGCACCAUUCAAUUUGGUCACCCAAGAUCAGGGCAUGGAUGAGUUUGAUGUGUUCAGCAAAGCUCCGUUCAGUAGAAAUUUAUCUAAAACAGGCAAACCAGGAGAGGAUUCAAUGGCCCAGACACCACCAGUUUCGCCAGACAGUGUGGAUGUGUUUGGCUGUACCCCUUUUCAGCCCACUGAAAUAGGGCCAGUUUUUGGUAGCAAGGAGGACAUUUUUGGACAGGUUCCCUUUGAUGAAGUCUCUACUGCUCAGCAGCUGAAGAUGAAACAGCGGAGUCUUCAAAAACUGUCUUCGAGACAGAGGCGCACAAAGCAGGAAAACGCAAGUGGCAACGGGAAGCGGCACCACGGCACUCCUACCAGUGGGAGGAAGACCUCAAAGUCAAACUUCCGCACCCCAGAGCGAGUCCGCAGGCACAAGAAAGUAGGCAGGAGGGAUUCACAGAGCAGCAAUGAGUUUCACAGCACAUCGGACUCUAAGGAGAACAUCAGUGUGACACUAAACGACGGAAAAGACAAAGGGUCACCCAUGCCAACAGAAGAGACAAUGUUGGAUCCAUUUGGUGCAAAGCCAUUCCAUCCGCAGGAAAUAGUAAGGCACCCCCAGCACCAAGGGCUGGGUGAUAACAGAAGUGAACUCACAAACAAUGGAAGGCCUAGAACCAGUUCACUACACGGAGCAUUUCAUGGCGGAGAUAGUCUUAAAACGGAUGACUUUGGGGCUGUACCCUUCACAGAAAUGGUAGUGCACAGUGUGAUGCAACAACCUCCACAGGUGGAGUUAGAUCCCUUUGGAGCAGCACCUUUCCCCUCCAAACAGUGAAUGUGUAGUCUUCCAGUUUAGGAAGUCCAUGUCUACAUUUUGCAAAGACUACUAAUCCUUACUGGAUGGAUCCUACUGGAGCUUCACAGUGUUGUAGUUCUUUGCAGCCAACUCAAUAACGUUGAUGGAGACGAGCAGCAAUAAAGUGUGGUUGAAAAUUUUUUAAUACAUAACUGAAUUGUGAGGAAACCCUGAGGAAUAUAGAUCACUAGGUUCUAUAUGUAUUUUUAACUGUUGCGCAUAACCGCUGACAAGCCUUUAAGCUACAUCUUUUU